GGCGGAAGUGUUUAUAAUUGCUCGUAUCGUAAAAAUACCUAUUUUUAAAUAAUUAGAACUUUAAUGUGUUUUUAUGACACAGCYGUUCGUUUUUAUCUCAAAGUGAUUUAAACUGCUUUACAUUUAAGUAAUAAAUACAACUCAGCGGAUUUUCUGUUUUUUUAAAGCGGAAGUGACGUUUCACCGCUUCCRUUAGCGGAGUUACCAGCUGCUUCUUUUCAGUUUGAUGUAAACAAUUUGCUGUAAGUGUUUUCCUCCGCUUGAUGGUAGUUUGUGUUGUUUAUUUACAAACAUUUGUUUAUUCGUGUGUUAUUAGUAACACAACGCUGMUCGUUAACUGAGCUAACGCAGCUAGCAUGCUAACAGCUUCUUAAAGCAAACAGACUUUAUUUUACUUUACUUUACCUAAAUCACUGAGUUUUACUGACUUUACAGCAGAGUAGUUUCACACCGCAGCUCUACGUGUUCCGUUAAAAACAUUUUUAAACUCGUUUUUUGCGACAGUCUUCGGUUUCUGACAGCACCUGGCAACCCGGUAACCAUGGCGACGCUGCCUCGGAGGCAAGAUGGCGGCUGCGGCGUCUCGUGUUUGAUGAUGGAUGUUUUUAACAGAGAUAUGUGUGAAGUGUGACUUCGAGGUUGUUGGACAUGUUCUCAGAUGAAACUCUGGACCCUGUGACGGUCAGAACCAGGUGGAGGCGCAGCCAGCAGGAGCCUCUGCAGACGAGGAGCAGUCAGACUGAAGCUGUGCACCGAGGACACGCAGGAGUCCAGACCCGGUCCACCACCUCCAGCUGGACUCAGACAGAACCACAGGAACCAAGCCCAGACCUGCUCCAUCAGAACCCCGCUGAGCCGGAUCCUCCGGGCCUGCUGGACUUCCUGCAGAGGACMGAGGACCUGGUCCUCAGAGAGCUGCAGAAGACCAGCCGGAGCCACGCCUUCCAUGGGUUCCAGGCAGACUGGGACCAGCACCGCCAGCGGGUUUUAUGUGUCCAUCGUCUGCAGCGUCCCGCAGCUCAGGACCAGGUCCUUCAUGUCAGCAGCGUGUCCUGGACCUGCACCGGUUCUGUCCUCGUCUGUGCCUACGGCCGAACCGACGAUGGAGACUGGACCAACCACAAGUCCUGUGUCUGUCUGUGGAACCUGGACCGUCGGAACCUGAACCCCAAACAACCGGACCUGGUUCUGGAUGUCCCCACAGCCGUCACAUCUGUGUGCUGUCACCCCAAGAGCCCCGCCCUCAUCGCAGGGGGACUGUACAGCGGAGAGGUUCUGGUCUGGGACACCAGCCGGACUCAGGAUCUGGUUCUGGGCCAGACUGGGAUGUCUGCAGAGGGUCACAGAGAGCCGGUCUAUCAGGUCUCCUGGGUCCCCCUGCAGAGGAAGGGAGACUUUGGGGUUCUGAGUUCCAGUUCUGGAGGCAGAGUUCUGCUGUGGACCCUGGACCUGGACCAGACCAGGCUGGUUCUGGACUCUGCCUACGCCUUCGUACCACAGCAGGUUCCUCACAGCAGCAGAACCAGCACCAGGGUCCGGGGCAGCAGCACUGUGGGGGUCACGGCCCUGGCUCUGUCUCCGUGGGACCCGGACACCUUCCUGGUGGGUUCUGAGGGGGGUCUGCUGCUCCGCUGCUCCUUCUCCUCCCAGACUCCGGCUGCGGUCCCACCUGAGGACCGGACCGUGGUUCUGAGAGCCCCCGCGGUCUUCUCCUUCAGACCCAGCAGCGGUCCGGUCCACUCCAUCCACUGCUCACCUUUCCACAGGAACCUGUUUGCGAGUGCUGGGACCGAGGGUCUGGUCCAGGUCCACUCUCUGCUGCAGACCGACCCGGUUCUGUCCAUCAGGGCGUCGGACUCUUACCUGUUCCAGGUGCAGUGGUCCCCCAGCCGCCCGCUGGUGCUCGCUGCUGCCACCGGACACGGUCCGGUCCACAUCUUUGACCUGGCCCGCCGGUCCCUCAGACCUGCUGCCACCGUGGAGGAGGGCGGGGCCAACGUGGCCUCCACCUGUCUGGCCUUCAACCAUCAGAACCCCCGGCUGCUGGCCGUGGGGAGGUCCGAUGGCUCGGUCGGGGUCUGGCAGCUGAGUUCUGAGCUGGUGGACCCAGGUCCAACAGAGAGCGGGGAGCUGGAGCAGAUAGCCAAUCAGGUGUCAGAAUGAAGACAGAGGCGGAGCUCUUGUAACCAGGAACAUUUAUUGGACACAGAGCGGGUCAGAACCGGGUCAAAGCAGGCUAACACGUAGCUGUAGAGCAGCAGAUAAAUACGAGCGGUUCUGGUGUCAUGCGGCGGUGGUUCUGGUGACGAG